AUGGCCAAACCAAAGAUAAAUAAACCACAAACAUAUACUAUUGUGGUCAAACUUGGGAGUUCGUCAAUUGUCGAUGAGAUUACUAGAGAACCAAGGAUUGCCAACAUGUCUCGUAUUGUCGAGACUUUGGUGAAACUUCGAAGACAGGGCCAUCGAAUUGUAAUUGUUUCUUCUGGUGCCAUUGCGGUAGGUCUUAAAAGAGUUGGAUUGACCUCAAAACCCAAAAAGCUAUCGAAAGUUCAAGCUCUAGCCUCCAUUGGCCAAGGCAGACUAAUUGCCUUAUGGGAUGACUUAUUUACUCAUUUAAAUCAAACCAUUGCUCAAAUAUUAUUAACGAGAAAUGAUAUAAUUGACUGGACCCAAUUCCAAAAUGCUAAAAAUACUAUGAAUGAAUUACUUGAUAUGAACAUUAUUCCUAUUGUUAAUGAAAACGAUACCUUAUCUGUGCAAGAAAUUCGAUUUGGUGAUAACGACACAUUGUCUGCGAUAACUGCAGGAAUGAUUAAUGCUGAUUAUUUAUUUUUAUUAACCGAUGUUGAGUGUCUUUACACGGAUAACCCAAGAACCAAUCCAAACGCAAAACCAAUUUUGGUAGUUGAGGAUAUAUCUUCUUUAAAUGUUGACACAUCUAGUGGAUCUGGUUCUGGGAUUGGAACAGGGGGGAUGACAACUAAAUUAAUUGCAGCAGAAUUGGCAAUGAGUGCUGGAGUAACAACAAUUAUUAAUAAAAGCACAACACCUGAAAAUAUAAUGAAAAUUGUUAAACAUAUUCAGUCUGAAUCACUAAAGAGUGAUCUUGAAAAUCACGAUACACCCAAGAAUCUUCGUGAAAUUCAUCAAAUGACAGAGUUACAAAACUUGAAGAUUAAUGAUGUUCCCUUGCACACCAGAUUUAUAGGUGACAGCCAGAAAGUUAAAGAUAAACAAUUCUGGUUAUUGCAUGGUUUGAAAUCAUAUGGAUCCAUAAUUAUUGAUAUUGGUGCUUAUAAUGCACUAACCAGAAAAAACAAAGCUGGCUUACUACCCGUAGGAGUAAUUGAUAUUGAAGGAUCAUUUCAUGAAGCUCAAUGCGUCACAUUAAAGUUAGGUAAAAGAGAUAAAAAAACCGGCAAACUAGAUAUGAGUGAAAAGCUAGUUGAAGUUGGUAAAGCCAGAGUGAAUUACACUUCCUCUGAAAUAUCUAAAAUCAAAGGAUUACAAAGUAAUGAAAUUGAAAAGGUUCUAGGAUAUGCAGAUUCGGAAUACAUCGCACAUAGGGAAAAUCUAGCAUUUCCUCACCAUUAA